AUGCCGGUCACCACAGAAAUGAGUGAGUCAUCGUCAAUUCACUCAGCGAAGCUUGUGUCAUUGGCCCGAUCGCUGUCUGACCUUGGGAUCGAUGCCACCAAUGGAAGCCCCAUCACCCCCCCUGACAGUGACGAGCCCCCUCAUCCGGAGUCUGGCAUUGAACUAGGACCUGGGCUUUAUUUCGCUGAUGGCAAGAGAAAAGUGGACUACGUCCUUUGCUACAAAUACAAAAAAAGGCGGGCAUCCAAGGGACGCCUUUCCAUUGCAUCCAAUGGGAGUAUACCAUUCCCGAUACCUGGCCGGUGGGAGCCGGAGGCAGAGUCUGGGGAGGGAGGUGGACCUGGAGGAGAUACGGAGGAGUCAAGGCUCACUGAGGAGGAAAAGGCUGUUAUGAGGGAGGAGUUUGAAGCGGGUCUAGUGGAAGCUGGACUGCAGUUAGAGCGGGAUAAAGAGAGGGGAAAUGGCAUACGGUUUAUCCGGCUGCACAUCCCAUGGCCGAUACUCAGUCGAGAAGCAGAACUUCAGAAGAUCAAAGUGGCGGUGAAAAAGAAGUGUGAACUGCGGAAACGGAUUGGCAUUGCCGGGUUGUGGGAUUCCAUCAUGAGCAAAGUCAGCACACCGUUUCAACCAGACGUCCCUGACUUAGACAUCCAGAAAGACUCACAAACACGUAUCCAUUUCAAAACCCUCAAACAUGCUUUCAUCAGAGACAAGCUCCACCUGUACGACAUCAAGUCAACAGAAACUGUAUUUGAUAACGCAACACGCAGCAGAAUAGUGGCUGAGAUUAUUGCACGCACUACCUGCAGACAGACUUGCCAAACCACUGGCAUCAACUCAUUAUUGGCUCGCGGUGUCUAUGACUCUUCGUUCCCUCUGCAUGACGGGUCGUUCACAAGGAGAGGAAGGAAAGAUCAGCGAAAUGACAGACAGAUCCUCCAUGAAGAAUGGGCCAACUAUGGAGUCAUGUAUAAAUAUCAGCCUGUGGACCUGAUCAGGAAGUACUUUGGAGAGCAGAUUGGGUUGUAUUUUGCCUGGCUGGGUGUUUAUACUCAGCUCCUCAUCCCUCCCUCUGUACUGGGCAUCAUUGUCUUCCUGUAUGGCAUAUUCACUGUGGAUGCCAAUGUGCCAAGCCAAGAGACAUGUAAUGACAACCUGAACAUCACCAUGUGUCCGCUGUGUGAUGGAGUGUGUGACUACUGGCGUCUGAGUUCGGUGUGCUCACUGGCCCAGGCGUCAUACCUGUUUGACAACGGAGCCACUGUCCUCUUUGCCAUUUUCAUGUCUCUGUGGGCUGCCUGUUUCCUUGAGCACUGGAAGAGGCGACAGAUGUGUCUGAAACAUAUGUGGGACCUGACAAGCUUGGAGGAUGAGGAGGAGCGAGGCCAGGAGGAGAUGAGGCCUGAGUAUGAAGAAGUUCUACAGGAGAAAAAAGCGAAGAUGAAAGCAAACGCUAAGAACAAGUUGAAUCAAGCCGAGGAUGGUGUGGAUGGAGAAACAGACCAGAUGCUGGCCUCACAGCGAGAGCCAGAGUCCCUGGACAUUGAGGAUCACCUGUCAGGUUAUCUCAUCAAUAUGGCCACCUUACUGCUACUGAUCUUUGUAACAUUCUCAGCAGUGGUCGGGGUGGCUGUUUAUCGCAUUUGCAUGUUAAGUGUGUGGUCCAUGAACCCUGACCCUGAAGCCAAGGCCAGCGUGAGGAUGACCGUCACCACCACAGGGAUCAUCCUCAACAUGAUGGUGGUGCUGGUGUUGGAGGAGGUCUAUGGAGCGAUCGCUGUGUGGCUGACUGAACUGGAACUUCCUAAGACAAAAGAAGAGUUUGAGGAGAAGCUGAUCUUUAAGUCUUUCUUCCUCAAGUCCAUGAACGCCUUUGCACCUAUUUUCUAUGUGGCCUUCUUCAAGGGCAGGUUUGUUGGGCGGCCUGGCGAUUAUGUUUAUGUCUUUGGAGACUAUCGCAUGGAAGAGUGUGCUCCACCAGGCUGCCUCAUCGAGUUGUGUAUCCAGCUCAGCAUGAUCAUGCUCGGAAAGCAGCUCAUUCAAAACAACGUGUUUGAGGUUCUCAUACCUAAGCUGAAAAAGAUGUACAGAACACUACAGGAAGAGAAAGGAAAGAAAAGAGCAGCAGAAAACGAGGAGAGUGAAGCAGAGGAGAGGAGAACAAAGCAACAGUUUGACAAAGAUUACGCCCUUGAACCCUUCGAAGGCGUGAGCCCAGAGUACAUGGAAAUGAUAAUCCAAUAUGGCUUUGUUUCACUGUUCGUGGCGUCCUUCCCGCUGGCUCCAGCCUUUGCUCUGCUCAACAAUGUCAUUGAGAUCCGCCUCGAUGCUGCAAAAUUUGUCACAGAGAUCCGACGGCCCGACGCAGUGAGACAUAAAGACAUAGGGAUUUGGUACAACAUUCUUUGUGGAAUCAGCAAGUUCUCUGUCAUUACCAAUGCAUUUGUCAUCUCCUUCACGUCUGAGUUUGUGCCACGAAUGGUUUACCAGUACAUGUACAGCGUGAACGGCACCAUGAGUGGUUACACAGAGCACUCACUGUCCUACUUUAAUGUCAGCAACUUCCCAGCAAGCAGUGCGCCCACCUCAACCCUCAUCACCGGAGUCUCUAUGUGCAGGUACAAGGACUACAGAGACCCUCCGUGGGCCCCUGAUGCCUACACCUUCUCCAAACAGUACUGGUCUGUCCUGGCUGCAAAAUUGGCCUUUGUAAUAUUCUUUCAGAACCUUGCCAUGUUCCUCAGCAUGUUGGUGGCCUGGAUGAUCCCAGACGUACCGCGAUCUCUGCGGGAACAGCUGAAGAAAGAGAACAUGAUGCUGAUGGAGUUUCUGCUCAAUCAUGACCAAGAAGCACGUGCCAAAUCUCCCCCUCCAAAACGCUCCACCCCCUGCUUCCCAGCCAACAUAGACAUUGUGGUGGAGGCACCACAGGAAGAACUGGAGGAGCAGCAAGUGGAGGAGAAGGUGGAGGAGGAGGAGGAAAAGGUUGAGAUCAAUCUGGAUGAACUCAGAAGGAGCAGUGACAGUGAUCCAGAGACUGGGAAGCCAUCUGAGGAAGAUGAAGAAAAUAGACAGGAGGAGCGAGGAAGGGAUGAAGAAGAAGAGGGUGGAGAGGUAAAAUGGGGAGAUGAGGAAAAAGUUACAGAAGUGAAUGAAGAGGAUGGAAAAGGGGAGAAUGAUCCAGAAGAAAAAGAAGAAAACAUAGAAGUCCAACAAAUAAAAGAAGAAGAAAAGGAAACUGAAGAGAAGGCAGUUGAGAAAGAGGAUUGCACUGUUGAUUUAGACGCCUUGAUGAGCGAGCUGGGCAUAUUAGAUGAAGGACCCUCAUCCAGCAAAGCCAGUGAUGCAGAGCUGACCCGCUCUGAGUCUGAACAGAAAUAUCACAAAGACCAGAAGCCUCCUUCACAGCCAUCCUCUCAUAGAGGCUCCUCCCAGAGUCUGAAGAGCUCCAGGGCAGAUAUUACAACACCAGAUAUUGACACUAGGCUCCUCUCACUAAUUGCACCUCCUCCCAGACAGCCAGGCUCAAGGGCAAAAGCCCGCUGCUCCACCCUGCCUUCCCGCCACAGAGGGGCUGAGGCGUGUUACAGCCUGCCUCGGCCUAGCCACUCCACCAGCCUCACCAGGUUCCAGCAGGCAGCCAUGCUUACACCCCUGGUUCCCCUUGGCCCUUCACUAUCAGCCUCAUCCAACCCACCCCCCCCCCACACAAGCCCUGUGUCUCCAUCCCCUCCUCACCCCACUCCGUCUCCAUCAGCCCAGCAGCCCAAAGCCCCCAGUGAACUGUUUGCGCUGAAAGGCCCUCCACCUCAACUGCCGCGCUCCAGGGGCAAAGCCCGGUGCUCCACCCUGCCUCCACGACAGAGAGUCCCUGGUCCCGAGGAGCACUGCACCAAGGCAAGCCACUCGACCAGCUUCACAAAGCUGGGGGACCGCAUCCCACCCUCCCCCAGUGAACUAAAGCGCAACACGCUUGUUUGA